CUGUCGACGCACCGGCGCUGCCCUCCUCCAAAUUCGUUCUGCCCUCUUCAGCUUUGCGCUGCCACCCUCUGAAAAAUCUUCUGCAAUGCCGCUAGGACGCCGAGCUUACUCUGUGCCCGCACUUGUGGCCUCGUUCAUCGCGUGCGUGCUGCUGCUCUGCUGUACGAUCGGCACGCCCACGACGUUCAGCACGAGCACGCCCUUCAACGUCGUCGAGGCCAAGAAUGUCUACUACAAUUUGGACCUCAGCAAGAGGGACACGAUCGACGGGAGCAAGAUCACUGCCUUUAAGCUCGGAAACUGGGGCUACUGCGCGAGGUACGUUGGCGAUGACGACUUCAAGCACUGCGACAAGACAAGCCACGGCUAUGAGUUCAUCGCUGGGAUUGGCGACAACCCCAAGAAGGACGACAAGACAAGCAUUUACAUUGGCUCCAGCUGGACAAGGGGCCUCGUUGUCGUCGUCGUCGCCCUCGUCGUCGCCGUCGUUGCGUUUGCGCUGAGCUUUGCGCAGCACCUUCUCGUUAUGCUCAUCGCCUCGUUUGUCCACUUCCUCGCCUUCCUCCUGACGCUCAUCGCCUUCGCCAUCCAGAUUGCCCUCUAUGUGCACACAAAGACGCAGGUGCACAAGGUCGCCGACGUGGCCUCCGUCAUGCCGGGCCCCGCCUUCUACCUGACGCUCAUCAGCAUUCCUCUCCUCUUCUUCUCGGCGCUCACCGUCUGCUGCGGCUGGCGCAGGCACAAGAAAAGCGACGCCGUGCCCGCCUACUACACGCCAGAGGAGCGCGCCUCCAAGAUUGGCACCAACAGGUCCAUGCCCGACUACGACGGAGAGGCAAAGGGUGACAGCAUCCCUCUUCAGACAAGCCGCCAGCGCGUCCUCGACGCAUUCCACAAGAGCUAGAUACCCCCAUCUUAAGAUCUCUCCCGUCCUUUUCUUUCUAAGUCCUCAUGACCGCUCUCUGUACAGCCGCUCCUCUUUCUCUCUCUUUCUCUCUGCUUCACCCAGGAUCUGAAGACUGCACUUGGCGGGCUUUGCUA